AUGUAUCAUAGUAGAGCAGAAUAUGAUAGAGGUGUGAACACAUUUUCUCCAGAAGGAAGGUUAUUCCAAGUGGAAUACGCGAUCGAGGCUACUAAGCUUGGAUCCACUGGAAUUGGCAUCAAGACUCCCGAAGGUAUUGUUUUGGUUGUCGAAAAGCGAGUAACUUCUCCCCUUAUUGUACCUGCGAGCAUAGAAAAAAUAUUUGAAGUAGAUAAUCACAUCGCCUGUGCUGUGAGUGGUCUAGUUUCAGAUGCACGUACACUUAUUGAGAAAGCCAGGACUGAGGCAGCUCACCAUAUGUUUUUAUAUAAUGAAAAAAUGACAGUAGAGGACGUGACAACGGCUGUGAGCAAUCUGGCCCUGGCAUUUGGUGAUGACGACGUUGAAUCCGGAGCAAUGAGUCGACCUUUUGGUGUAGCCUUACUUUUUGCUGGAAUUGAUGAAGGUGGUCCCCAACUGUUUCACAUGGAUCCAAGUGGAACCUACAUUCGGUAUGAAGCCAAAGCCAUUGGAUCGGGUUCAGAAGGGGCCCAGCAGGCUCUUCAAGAAAUAUUCCACAAGGUGCCUCUCUUAGCUCAUAAUGACACCUCCAAUAUGACACUUAAAGAGGCUCAAAAACAUGCUCUAUCAAUCUUAAAGCAGGUAAUGGAAGAAAAAUUGGAUGCUACUAACGUA